AUGGAAGCUUUCGGGGCGGCUCAAUAUGUUAUCACCCUGCUCAGUAUCAAUCCGGAGGGGGGGUAUUGCCUUCCUCGAUUGAUGCCAUGCGCACGGGUGUUGAAGCAGCAACUGGAUCCGAUACUAUUAGCUAAACAGGCAGACACGGAGGUCAGCCCCACGGCGUCUCACCUAAACGACAAGGACCCCUUGGGAGAGUGGCGAGCUCGCUAUGUUCAUGCGGACUUGGAGUACUUUGAAGUUCGAGGGGAGAUACACUUCUGCAGCGUGGUAUUCCAUUAUCCUGGCAGACCUACAGUCCCGGUCCUCAACGGUGUUAGCCUUCAUGUCUCAUCGAAGGAGUUUGUGGGAGUGGCAGGUGCUGCUGGAAGUGGGAAGACAACGCUGCUGCGGUUGAUCGAUGGUCUCGUUCACGCUGAUCAAGGUGCAGUAUUUAUAGAUGGCCGCGAUGUUCGGCAUCUGGAUCCAAUAUGGCUGAGAAGGCAAGUUGGGGUUCUCUGGCAGGACCCCGACAUUGUGUCGGGAACAAUCCACGACAACUUGUACUACGGAGUGGGGAACCCGGACCCCGUGCCCUGCUACAGCAACGAGGUUUGUAUGCGAGCGAAGGAACUCAAAUUCACUGAAACUGUAAGUGUCGGUUUCAACGGAGUGUGUAUUCAUAUGGAAGAUUGUUCCCGCCGAAAAAGGAGAGCAACGGUAGCAUUAGAAGUGACACCUGAAAGGUGCCUUCGGGGGUUACACUAG